CAACAUUGUUUUGAAAUUAGAAACGACAAGCUCGCUUACAAAGUUACAAUAGUAGCUUUAUCUCAAUAUCACCUUUAGAAUGUUAAACCCUUUUUCUACCGGCUAAAACCCUACUCAAACAAUGGGUUUGCAAUCAAUUUGCUGUUCUUUCGGUUCCCCAACAAUUCCCCAUCCCCGCUUUGGAGAAAUUGUUAGCUCAUGUGCCAUUAAUGGAGGGUACCGAACAAUUCAGCUUACCAAUUCGACUAAAUCAUAUGCUAUCCCUAAGUUGAAAUGGGGGAUUAAGGAAUCUCUGUUGCCAAAAUUAAAGGGAUUAUCUAAAGUUUAUGCAUUACAUUCUGACCCCGAUGCGGAAUUGGAACUUUCUUCCAAGAGUAAUGCUGGUAUUCCGGAAACACGUUCUGAUCUGCGUGCAAAACAGCAACUUUCUUCCAAUUUUGCUGGUGUUGAACCUUUUGGAGGUAAAUCGGGUUCGAUUUCGUUUUAUGGGAUAACUCAUCAUUCCGUGGAAGAGAGCAAGCUAAUUUCUUCACCAUAUAAGGAUGAUGGUGGUUCAGUGCUCUGGAUUCUUGCUCCGGUUAUUCUUAUACUAUCUUUGAUACUCCCUCCAAUUAUGUUUUCAAAUGCGUUUGAUAGUGUUUUCAAGAAUGAGGGUCUUGCAGAGAUUGCUGGUACCCUUGCUUGUGAAGGGGUGUUCUAUGCUGGUGUUGCGAUCUUCCUUCUGAUAACUGAUCGCGUUCAAAGACCAUAUCUUCAAUUUAGUGCAAAACGAUGGGGCCUCAUAACUGGUUUGAAGGGACACUUAUCGACUACAUUUUUUUCUAUGGGUCUGAAGGUAAUUGCUCCUUUAGUAGUAACCUACGUCACAUGGCCAGUGAUAGGCAUGAAUGCUUUAGUUGCAGUGACCCCCUUGCUAAUAGGUUAUCUUGCUCAACUUGCACUUGAGGGUUUGAUUGAUAAUCGAGGGUCAUCCUGUUGGCCUCUAGUUCCCAUUAUCUUUGAGAUUUAUAGGUUCUAUCAACUAACUCGUUCUGUAACGUAUGUUGAGGGUUUGAUAUACGUAAUGAGAGGGGCUGAGGCUACCCCAGAAGUGUUAGAGAGAAGCGGGGCUUUAGCAGCAAUGUCUGUGACCUUCUAUAUUGUUGCUCUGGUCUGCUUAUGGUCGUUAUUAACAUUUCUUUUGAGACUAUUUCCUUCAAGACCAGUCGUCGAGAACUACUGAUCGUUUCUAUUCUGUAAAUGGUGCUACUCUUUUUGUUUUAUUUUUCAAAAUCCUCGCAAAAAUCAAUGUAGGAACUAAAAACAAAAUUUGGACUUUUGGCCAAUUCAGUUGAUGUACAUCACUGUCGAGGCAUUGUGUUGUAAAUGCCUUUGAAUUAACAGAAAUAGAAAGUUCUGCAGCAUUCGGUCAA